AUGGCCUCCGCCUCAAACAGCAGUGCAUCACGACUUCAUGACAAUGAACCGGCUUUCAUUUAUGGGACUGCUUGGAAGAAUGAUCAGACAAAACGGCUGGUGAAGGAGGCGCUGGCAGCAGGGUUUAGACGCAUCGACACAGCUGCUCAGCCUCGGCAUUAUCAAGAGGCGCUGGUUGGCGAGGCGCUUCGCGAGGCGUACAGCGGCGGUGCUGUGAGGAGAGAAGAUGUCUAUGUCCAAACCAAAUACACCACACCUGCAGGCCAAGAUGUUAAAAACAUGCCAUAUGAUCCCUCAGCGCCUUUGGACGCCCAAAUUCACACUUCGGUUGCUUCUUCCUUGAAGAAUUUGCGACCAAGGGAGGAAUCGGAGGAAGGCUCCUACCUUGACUGCUUGCUUCUUCACUCACCACUGCCUACAAUUGAACAGACAGUUCAGGCCUGGCAACUCCUCGAGUCAUACGUGCCGGAUCGGAUUCGAUCACUCGGCAUUUCAAACGUCACGCUUCCUACUCUUCAAGUUAUCUACAAUGAAUCUACGGUGAAGCCGUCGGUAGUACAGAAUCGCUUUUAUCCUCAAACGCGGUAUGAUGUGCCUCUUCGCAGGUUCUGUCAAGAGAAUAGCAUCACAUACCAAUCUUUCUGGACCUUGACGGGCAACCCUGCACUCCUCAAGUCGAAGCCCGUUGGCGCAUUAGCUCAGGCAGCAGGCAUCGAUCAGUCUGUAGCGCUCUAUGCGUUAGUUAUGGAUCUUGGCGUUGUCGUUUUGAACGGGACCACUUCCAGCGAGCACAUGCAAGAGGACCUUGAGGGCCUUCGAAAGGUGCGUGAGUGGAAUCUAUCCCACUCCCAAGAAUGGGCUGGGAUUAGCGAUGAUUUCAAGGUCAUCGUCGAGCCAACCACUUAA